AUGGGGCUCGACGCCUUCGCGGUUGCGUGCAGUUCUAUUCCACUACUCGUAUCCUUACUCGCCGUCCGUGUGGCUUACGUGCUUUGCCGCAGCGGCCUGCCGCCGUCGAAGCCUCGUGCCGCCGCACUGCGGUGUCUCAUCGUCCUCGGGUCUGGGGGGGAUACUGCAGAAAUGAUGAAUAUUAUAGCAGAGCUUCAGAAGGAUAGGUUUACGCCAAGGUACUAUGUAGCUGCACUUACUGCUGACAACAUGAGCCUUCAGAAGGCACAGGUCUAUGAGACGUCAUUGAUUCAGGGUGAUAGAAAGAAGAUCAUUGAGAGUGCCCGGUUCAUGCAGAUAUAUCGUAGCCGUGAAGUAGGCCAAUCUUACAUUACCUCCAUCACAACAACACUGCUUGCUGUUUUGCAUGCUAUGUGGCUAAUAAUAAGAAUCAGACCACAAGUGAUAUUCUGCAAUGGCCCGGGAACAUGCAUUCCUCUAUGUGCUUCAGCUUUCCUUCUGAAGGUGCUUGGUCUGGGAUGGUCCUCCAUUUUCUAUGUCGAAAGUAUUGCAAGAGUAAAGAAGCUUUCCUUAAGUGGUUUACUGUUGUACAAGCUACGGUUAGUGGACCAGUUUUUCGUGCAGUGGCCUCAGCUGCAACAAAAAUACCCUAGAGCUCAGUAUGCCGGCCGUUUGAUGUGA